AUGCAAGCCGCAUUCUCUACCUCGUCUCUUGCAGUGGAGCAAGAGGCCUCCGACCAAGAUGUCGAAGCAAGUCAUUCACACAGGCGGUCGUGUGUGCCACGAGCAACUCGCUCACCACGCUCGUCCCGAACAGUGCAGCUAACCAACGGCCUCGGUUCCGUUCCUCUUCACCCGCAGUUCCUCAACCUCAGUCUUCCUCAGCAAGGAUUGACCGUUCGCAUCUCACCUACCGCUGACUCGGUCGAUGCUUCUGUUCCGAGCGCACGAGGGCACAAGGCGAAUGUGCUCGCCGUCUCCAACACAUUCGGAUGGGCCGUCGCCGCGACCGAACCCAGUGGUACAUCGACCCUUCUGAUUGGAUUCUAUGAUCACAGUGAUGCUGACACUCGCCAACAUGCUGUUGCUGAACGUAGGCUUUGUGCUCUUCUCGCUGUCGAGCCUGCACCAACUCUUGUCGACCGCGGCCGCCCACUCGACCCCCUCGCUCGAACCUCAACUCGCAGUUCCGACCCCACACCCCGUAGACCACUUGCACUUUGCCCAAUCCGACCACUCGCUCAUCGUUGCACUCCGAGAUGGGCAGGUCCUCGUCUACUCGCUCAAGCAGCUCGUGCAGGGCCAGGUAAGUCACCCGUGAUUUGGGCGAGGACCUGCUCCCCAACUCAGGCUCUUGCCACAUCGCUGACUCGUAGUCACUCGACGUCCGUCAACAGACCACGCCUCAACACACUCUUCCCUCGGUUGGUGGCUCGUUGCUGUCCAUUCACGGCUGCCCGGCCGAGUUUUCGCCGCUCGUGCUGCUUGUCGCUACGACACCGUCCCCACCUCGCAUCAUCAAUCUCACCUCCCCCACCGCAUCCCAGACCGCAUUCCCUCCCGGCCUCAUGGCGACAUCCGCGUGCUGGUCCGUCAAGGGCAAGCAAAUAUCCGUCGGAGACGUCGACGGUCUUGUUGCUCAGUACACCCCCGAGGGCCAACUCAAGGGCUCGAUCCCUCGCCCGUCGUCGCUCUCGGCCGAAUACCAGGUCCGCGCAGUCGAAUGGUUGGAAAACACGGCCUGGCUCAUCACGUACGCCCUGCCGACCCCAGAGGGUCAAGAACCGGCUCACGCGGACGAGGUCUUUGUCGUCAACAAAGUCGGCUCGGGCGAGUACGCACACGUCAAAUUCUUCGACCCCACACCGGCAUUUGGUUUGACCCAGUUUGAAGGGAAGCGAUGGACCUUGAGGCUCAAGAGCUGGGCACCGUUCAAGCACUUGCUCUUCCUCGCCAACAAGCCGUCGGCCGACUUGGGCGCGAUUGCACAGUUCGAAGAGGAUGGGCAAUGGAAGGGCCUCGUUCUGCCCGACGCGAGUCGGCCAACGCUGCCCAUGGGAGAGAACGGCGACGACGUUGCACCUGUAGGAGUGGCACUGGACCUCACUGGCGAGGCACCGAGCAUUCUCGUGCUCACCAGUCGAGGUGUACUUGUAUCCUGGAGUGUCGCCAACUCGAACGCGCCUCAGCCGUAUCAAGGGCUCGUCAAAGCAAAGGACGUCACGAUCGAGUCCGAACCCGUUGCUCAGGAUGCCGGAGCCGCCACGUCCUCGGCGCCAGCUGCACCCACUUCCAGUGGUUUUGGAGCUCCCAGCUCUUCUCCUUUUGCUGUGGCUUCAACAUCUUCCCCCUCGCCCUUUGGGCCCUCGGCGUUUGGCUCCUCGGCGUUUGGCUCCUCGGCGUUUGGUUCGACCCCCGCCUUUGGUCAGACGCCGGCCCUUGGGACAUCCGUCUUUGGCGCCGCGGCAUCGGGCUCAAGUACACCUCCAGUAGUGUCGAGUGGUACGACCAACGCGUUUGCCACGUUUGGAUCAUCCUCGACUAGCGCAACUGGAUUCGCUGGAUUUGGCUCUGGCGCGAAUUCCAGCGGGUUUGGCGCGGCUGCAGCUGCCACGCCGGCGACUUCAAAUCGGGGCAGCAUCUUCGGAUCCGGUGGUGCAUUCAAAGCCGCUCCUGCUUUUGGAAAGAGCGAGUCGGCUCCUUCCGGUUCGGCUACUCCGUUUGCUGCAGCAGCGACGACAACCAAUGCCUUUGGCUCGUCGACGAGUUCGCCCAAUCCCUUUGGUUCCAAGGCCUCGGCAGCUCCAGCAACGAACGCGUUCGGGACCUCGACCUCGACACCUGCCUUUGGAGCCUCGACUGCGGCGCCUGCGUUUGGUGCACCAACGGCCUUCGGCUCCUCGUCGGCGUUCGGUACGGCUACUGCAUCCCCUUUUGGCACCGAUUCGCCUUCGAACGCGUUCAGUGCGUUCGGCGGCGGGUCUUCGUCGACAAACAACGCCUUUGGCGCAAGUACCAGUGGUGGAAGCAGCGGAUUCGGUGCGUUCGCAGCGGCCAAACCAGCAAACGGGGGCUCGAUCUUUGGCUCGGGCGGCGCAUUGGGUUCUUCGACUUCCUCGACGCCCGGUGGGAGCUCGACGACUAUUUCGGCUUUCGGGAACGGAGGUUCGGCUUUUGGGGCUGGAGGAUCAGCGCCUGUGUUCGGUACUGGCUCGUUCGGUGGCUCCCCCGCUUUGACAAUAGCUGCGUCUACGCCCAAGCCUUCAUUCGGCAUGCGCAAAGAUGCCUUCAACUCGGACGACGAAGACGAGGAUGUCGAUGGCGUCGACGAUUCGGGAGCGAGGGUCGACGAACCGCCGGAUCUGGAACCUGAACACACGGGCUUGGAUCUGAAUGCUAGUUUGAAAACUGCCAAGAGUUCCAGCGAGAGGGUCGCUGAGAAAGCUUCUCAGCGGAGUGCGGGUAGCUUUGGUACGGCUUCGUCGGGUGCGUUUGGGAUGGGUAGUUUGGGACUUGGAGGAUCGACGACGCCCGCGGCGACGACACCGACAAGCGAAGCGAAGCAACUACCUGUUUCUGGCUCUGCAUCGGCUGCAUCACCUGGUGCGAUCACGUCCCCUACCCUUCCGCCUACUCCAACACCGAAGCCGGCCGAGUCCCCUGCUGCUUCGCCUUCGCCACCUGCAGCUCCUGUAUCUUUCAAGAGUGGGUUCGGAGGCUUUGGUUCCGCCUCUUCGUCGACACCCCAGGUUGGGUUUGGAUUCGGAGUCGGGCUUUCAGCACCAUCGAUAUUUACAUCGACCACGCCGGUCCCUACCACCCCAGCACUACCCAAGGAGGACUCUGACACCCAGUCCACUCCGACCGAGUCCAAGCCUAUCUCUACCUUAGCGAAGACAUCAGUGUCGACUCCGUCUUCAGCGAAGAGUUUGUUUGGUUUCGCCAGCUCACCGCCGUCGACGCUUUCGUUUGGUAAAAGCUCUGGGGAGACGGAGGGGAAUAGUUUGUUGAGUCGAUUGGGUCGGAUUGAGGGUGAUCAGGAUGAGGAAGGGGAAGAUGAGGAGUACGACGAGGAGGCGUAUGAUGAAGAGGGGGAGUACGAGGAUGAAGAAGAGGAUGACAACGAAGGGGAAGGUGAAGAUGAGGGAGAGUACGCGGAAGAGGAGGUUGGGGGGGAUGAGCAGGAAGAAGAUGUUCAAGACGACGACGAGGACGGUGAUCAAGAACAGCAAGAUGUGGAUGCGAGUAGCGAUGCUGCCGACGAUGAACAGGCCCAGGGCACCUCGCCGCCCUCUCCCGUACCGGCAAAAGAGGACGUCAAGCCUGCAGUGAAGGCUGCGGACGAGCCAAAACCAGAAGCUGCACCAAAAGCUUUCGCCUUCUCGCCAGCGUCGUCUCCGCCUUCAUCGACUCCCACUUCGGUCUCUGAUCCCAAGGCUUUGCCACUCGCACCCACAGCACCAGCUUCACCGGCGAUCUCUGAUGCAAGCAGUCAGCAAAAGUCAACUCAACCUACAUUCUCCUUCCACGCUCCAGCCCCCGUCCCAGCGUCUAAGCCGUCUGCACCGACUGCGGUUUCGGCUCCGUCUCCACAAGGUACUGCGAAACCUCCUUUGUUCAGCGGCGGUUCAUUUUCAGGCUUUGGAUCGUCCGUUCCCCGCGUACCAUCGCCAUUGGGUGCUCCACAAAACUCGGCGCCGUCUGCCGCACCGGCGUUCUCGUUCGCUCAAGCACCAAAACAAACGGCCACUUCUGAGGCGACCAAACCCGCGCUGUCCUUUGAUGGGUUUGGUGCUCCGCCAAAACCUACUGCUUCAACGUCGCCAUUGCCGUCGCCCUUGCCAACUUCACCAGCGUCAGCCAGUCCUUUCGUUUUUGCUGCCCCUUCAACACCCAAGGCCGAGCCAAAGCCAAACUUCUCGUUCGCGUCGAUGGCGCCUAAGGAGACGUCGAAGAACGCGAUCUCGUUCGCACCUGCUGCGCCGAAACGAGAAGUGGUCAAAAAUUCAACAUUCUCGUUCGGCGCUGUAUCACCCUCCUCGUCAAGCCCGGAUCCUUCCGUUCCGGCAACCCAAUUGCAAGCAGCUCAACGUGCCUCGGUUGCGGACCUUGCCCCGCCGCCGAAGCUCGGAUCUCAGCUCGUCAAAGCGGCCGAGCCCGUCGUUAAGGAGAAGGGUAUGGCAGGUGAACUCGCCAAGGCGUACCUGCGCAUGCAGACCGACUUCGAGAUCGUGGCUCGCAACACUGUCAUUCUAGGUGACUUCGUUAAGGCGAUCGGCAAACCUUGUCAGGUCGAUGCGUCUUCGAGUGAAGUCGCUGAGGAUCUCGAUCCCAGGUAUUGGAGUCUGGGUGACUUGAGCAAACUUCGACGUGCAUUGCUCGAUGUGCAGCCCGGGGUAGGCAAGUUGGUCGAGGAAGCGAAGAAGCAGAAGACACAGGUCGCAGAACUGCAAGCGUUGAUGCUCAAAGGUGGGUGGUUCAAUAGCGUCGCUCGAAGGAUGGUCUGGUCGGGGAGCUAAUCCGCGCAUCACCCUUAUGUAUGUGCUGCAGCUGAAACGAAGAGCGAGGAAGCUGCGCGCUUUAUCCGAGCCAAGGACGAUCCCGUCUUUGCCAAGAUGGUCCGCGUACGGCAACUUGGGCCGGAGCAAUUGGAAAACCAAAAACGGCUCAGGCUUGCCAUGACAGUGAGUGUUGGCAGUACAUGUUAGCAGUAUGGGAGUCGAUUACUGACCGUGAUCCAUUCACAGACGAUCAAAGCGACGCUUGAGCAAGUCGAGGACCACGUCUCGGUCCUGCGGGAGAAGAUGGUUGAAAGUCGCCUAGGGCGGACCUCCUUCAAGUGAGUUGCUCCCACUUUUCCCUCGUGACUUCUUGAAAGUCGAAGCUUAAAACAAUCAAUUCAUCGUUCCCAGGGCACCUUCACUUGAUUCGGUCAAUCGUGCCGUUCGCAAUAUCUCGAGCGCUGUCGCGGAAAAAACCUUCGAACUGGACGAGCUCACGCUGCGCCUCGAGUUGAUGAGGGUUCAGCCCGCAUCGACGACGACCUUAUCUCGGUCAGCGCGGGCUCGGUCGGCUUCCAUCACCGAGAACUCUAUGAACACCUCGUUCCUCCUGCGGGCAAGUCCGGGUGCGUCGGUGAAAGCACUAUCGUCGCCGGGCACGACCCAAUUACGACCAGAUGUCCUUGCGACGGCCCAAGCCGCCUUGAGAGCCGAGCGCUCCUGCGCGAUCCUCAAACGGGCGCUCCUUAACGUGCAAGGUCCCGUGUCCCGACUCAACCAAACCGCCAGCGAGAAAGCGUCUUCGAACGCCCAUGAAGAUAUUGCCGACUUGCAACUUGCGUUCUCUCGAGGUCCCAUUACUGGCGACCGACUACCCCGUCCCCGCCGCAAGCCCGAAAGACCGAAGACGCCCCCACCGGCACCCGCGCCUGUAGCCCCGACCAUCAAGACAGAGCCACCCAGUUCUGCCUUGGGACUCUCAAUGUCUUCCUCUUCACCUUUCAGGAGCGCCGGGUCUCAAAAUUUGGCUGCCGUACCACCACCUUUGACGUUCAAGAGUGCCCCCCAAUUUUCGUUUGCGACUUCCACUGCGCCGAGGCCUUCGUCGCCGCUGAGUGGGGCGAGUGGUGGCAGUGGCGUCUCGCGAGGAUCCAAGAUCUCGAGCUCCCGGUCCUCGGCGGUCAAGUUGCGACCCAGCGAGUCCGUGGCCGCUCCUGGAUCGGAAGGUGGAGCACCCGUCCCGAAAAGUAGUUUCGACUGGGACUUGCCGGCUGCUGGAUCGUCGAAUGGGUCUGGCGCGAAUGGGCCGAGUGCGUCAGGGGACAGGAAGCCGAUUGGAUUUGUUCCAUUCGCUGCGGCUCUGGUGGCCUCGAAACCCUUCUCAGCUGCGACAACACCGCCUGCACAGGGUGGUACCGGCUUCUCUUUCGCCGCCACGCCUUCGCCGAGCACGGAUUUCCCGGCUCUCUCGGGCGCGCCAUCGUUCUCGUUUGCGCCUCCUUCCAAGAUCACCUCUCCAGCUGCUGGGUCUGCUGCUCCCCCGACUUUCGCCUUCAAGGGGUUCGCUCCUGUUCAGGAUCCAAAGGCGUUUGGUAGCGCUGCAGCGUCCUUGCAGCUGCAGCAUGGGGAUGAUGAGGACGACGAGGAAUACGAUGACGAAGAAGGGGAUGAGGAUGAGGAGGACUAUGAGGACGAACAGGAGGGCGAUGGGGAAGAGGACGAGGACGGCGAAUGGGAUGAAGAUGAAGAUGACGAGGAAGAAGGUUUGGAUACGAUCGUUGAAGGCGAUGAAGAGUGA